UCAUCUUUCAUUCCUUCCCUCGUCUUCUCUCUUUCCCCCGACGCCCGGCAGCCGCCUCUUUGUAUGCUAACUAAAACCCAAAACCCUCAAAAUCCAUCAUCCUUUUUAAAUAAAUUUGCCUUUUCACUUUGGAGCAAUUCUUUGGUCGUUAUUAAGUUAAAUUUAUGAAUGAACAACAAGAAAUUGUUAAUUUGAGUCUCAAUCAGUUAAUUUAAACUGUUCCUUGUGUUGCUCUACUGUGCACUGGCUCUAUCAGCUUUAACAUAUCGAUGUUUUAGCAGUUCCCAAAUUAACAAAAAUGAAAGCAUUUCGAAUUCUGGGUACCCUAACGUCGAAACCCAGAAAUUCCCAUCCUUUGCAUCAAACUCUACUUUCUCAUUUCUUUUCAGCCCAACCUCAACAAAACGACAGUGAAAACGAAAGCAAUGACUCAGUUUUUGACAGCAGCCACUACACAGUCCCCAAUUUCGAUACUAAUAAUAGUAGUAGCAGUAGUAGAACCACCCCUCAAGAGCCUGCUUGGGAUAAGAAAUACAGACAGAGAGCUGAUAGAUUAGUGUUUAACCAAGAACCCCAGAAAGCCAACUUUAAAAGAUUACAAGAAGAAGAAGAAGAAGAGGUGGAUGAGAGAAGUAGAGUGCUAGCGAAAGCGUUGCUCCGGGCUGCCCUGGAAAGGCCAGAUGAUCAGGAUGAGGAUGAGGUGGUUAGGGAGGAGGACCAGAAAUCACUUUGUGUUGGAAUUGUUGGUGCCCCUAAUGCUGGGAAGUCUGCAUUGACCAAUUAUAUGGUUGGAACAAAGGUUUCUGCUGUGUCUCGGAAGACGAACACAACAACUCAUGAAGUAUUAGGAGUGAUGACAAAAGGAGACACCCAAAUUUGUUUUUUCGAUACCCCUGGGCUUAUGUUAAAGAGCAAUGGAUAUUCUUAUAAAGAUGUGAAGGCUCGUGUGGAAAAUGCUUGGAGUACAGUCAAUUUAUAUGAUAUGCUCAUGGUUGUUUUUGACGUCCAUAGGCAUCUUACCAGGCCUGAUUCAAGAGUGAUAAGAUUGAUUGAACGUGUGGGAUCACAAACAAACACAAAACAAAAGAGGAUAUUAUGCAUGAAUAAGGUUGACCUAGUUGAGAAGAAGAAAGACUUACUCAAGGUUGCUGAGCAAUUUAAAGAUCUUCCUGGAUAUGAUAGGUGCUUCAUGAUCUCAGGACUGAAGGGUGCUGGUGUUAAAGACCUAACACAAUAUUUGAUCGAGCAGGCCGUUAAAAGACCUUGGGAUGAGGAUUCAGUACAUAUGACGGAAGAAGUUAUGAAGAACAUUUCAUUAGAGGUUGUUCGAGAAAGGUUAUUAGAUCAUAUACAUCAGGAAAUCCCAUAUAAUAUCGAACAUAGGUUGAUAGAUUGGAAGGAAUUACGAGAUGGUUCUCUUAGGAUUGAACAACAUCUCAUCACUUCCAAACUGAGUCAACGAAAGAUUCUUGUGGGGAAAAAUGGCUCGAAAAUAGGAAGGAUAGGUAUUGAAGCUAAUGAAGAGCUGAGGUCCAUAUUCAAGAGGGAAGUGCACCUGAUCCUCCAGGUUAGACUUAAAUGAGUAGAUCAGGAAGGCUGGGAAAUGCACCCGAUCCUCCAGGUAGACUUGCUGGUCUAUUGAGCAGGCAGGAAGAAUAUGCCAGGCCUUGGAAUCCGACGGAAGACAAGUUUCGCCAUCCUGUACCGGAUCAAGACAUAUACAUGCAGUCAAUGCAAAAAUGAGGCAAGAGCUAUUGGGCAAACUGAAUAAAACGUCAAGAAUUAAAUCAUUUGCAUACUAUAGCAUUUUCUGAUUGUAGAUAUAUGAUUCUCUGGCAAGUAACUUGUAUUUUAAUCUUGUUUUUUGGCUUCUAUUAAAGCUACUCAAGUGAGCUCCGAAUGAGUAAUGUGCGGUUUUGCAGCU